AUGGGAAGAAAAGUUAUUCUACUCUUCAUGCUUGUCUCUUUAAGCUUAGGCUUAGGCUCAACAGCUAAGCAAGAUUUGAUGGAACCAUCAUCAAGUGAAUCAUCAACAACCGUAGAGGAAGAAUCUUCUACAAUGAGCGCAUCUGAAGAAAGUGAGUCAACUGUAGAAGAAUCUACCAGUCAAGAAUCAGUGACUACAUCUGAAGCAAGUGAAUCAACUAAUGAAGUAUCUAAAUCUGAAACCACUGGAGAAUCCAGUGAAGAAGCAACUUAUGAAUAUGCAACAUUAGACUAUUACUAUGUAUCUGAUGAAUCAGAAGAAAGCACUACAGCUGCUCCUGAAGAAACUACCGAAGAAGAAUCCAGUGAUAGCAAAGAAGAAGAAUAUUUAAUCACUGAUUAUGUAUAUGAGCCUGAAAUUAUGUAUUAUACAUUGGAUGCUGCUCCUGAAGAAACUACCGAAGAAGAAUCCAGUGAUAGCUUAGAGGAAGAAUAUGCAUACACUUAUUAUGUAUAUGAGCCUGAAGCUACAAUAGAAGCUGCUCCUGAAGAAACAUCCGAAGAAGAGUCUAGUGAGAGCUCAGAAGAAUACUUAGUCACUGACUACGUAUAUGAGCCUGAAGUUAUGUAUACAAUGGCUCCUGAAGAAGAAUCCAGUGAUAGCUCAGAAGAAGAAUAUCUUAUCACUGACUACGUAUAUGAACCUGAAGUUUCAAUUGAAGCUCUCCCUGAUGAAGAAGAAAUGACAACCACGGAAGCUCCAGAAGAAAUGUUAAUCUCACCUGCUCCAGAAACAGAAACUGUAGAACUUGUAGUCACAGUUGAUCAAGAAACCGGCACUGUUUGCACAAGCUGCAUCUCACUUGAAGAUGCUGAAGCAAUUGCAACAGGAGAAGCUGUGCUUGAUGUUGUUGUAGAAGUUGUAGGAGGAGAAGAAGAAGAAGAAGGUCAUACUGAAGAGUCUUCAGAAGAGACUCCAGCAGAAGAAGAAACUUCUACAGAAGAAGCUAUUGCAGAAGAGCAAACUGAAGAAGAGCAAACUCACGCAGAAGAAGUUGCUGAGGAAUCAAAUGAACAAACAGAAGAAAUUGUUGAGGAGCAAACUCAAGAAGAGCAGCAGCACGCUGAAGAAGUUGAAGAAUCUGAAACUUCUGAAGAACACAUCGAAGAAGUUGCUGAAGAGCAAACUCCUGAAGAGCAACAAGAAGCUGAGCAAAAUGCUGAAGAAGUUGCCGAACAAGAAGCUGAAGAAGAAGAAACCAUUGACAAUAUCAAUGAACAGUUAACACCAGAAGAGCAAGCUGAAGCUGAAGCUAACGAAGCAGCUGAAGAAGAAGCAGCUGAAGAGGAAGCAGCAGCUGAAGAAGAAGCAGCAGCUGAAGAGGAAGCAGCAGCUGAAGAAGAAACUUCAACAGAAGAAGUUAUUGCAGAAGAGCAAACUGAAGAAGAGCAAACUCACGCAGAAGAAGUUGCUGAGGAAUCAAACGAGCAAACAGAAGAAAUUGUUGAGGAACAAACUCAAGAAGAGCAGCAACAUGCUGAAGAAGUUGAAGAAUCUGAAACUUCUGGAGAGCACAUCGAAGAAGUUGCUGAAGAGCAAACCCCUGAAGAGCAACAAGAAGCUGAGCAAAACGCUGAAGAAGUUGCCGAACAAGAAGCUGAAGAAGAAGAAACCAUUGACAAUAUCAAUGAACAAUUAACACCAGAAGAGCAAGCUGAAGCAGAAGCUAAUGAAGCAGCUGAAGAAGAAGCAGCUGAAGAGGAAGCAGCAGCUGAAGAGGAAGCAGCAGCUGAAGAGGAAGCAGCAGCUGAAGAAGAAGCUGCUGAAGAAGAAACUUCAACAGAAGAAGUUAUUGCAGAAGAGCAAACUGAAGAAGAGCAAACUCACGCAGAAGAAGUUGCUGAGGAAUCAAAUGAACAAACAGAAGAAAUUGUCGAGGAACAAACUCAAGAAGAGCAGCAACACGCUGAAGAAGUUGAAGAAUCUGAAACUUCUGAGGAACACAUUGAAGAAGUCGCUGAAGAGCAAACCCCUGAAGAGCAACAAGAAGCUGAGCAAAACGCUGAAGAAGUUGCCGAACAAGAAGCUGAAGAAGAAGAAACCAUUGACAAUAUCAAUGAACAAUUAACACCUGAAGAACAAGCUGAAGCUGAAGCAGAAGCUAAUGAAGCAGCUGAAGAGGAAGCAGCUGAAGAAGAAGAAGCAGCAGCUGAAGAAGAAGAAGCAGCAGCUGAAGAAGAAGCAGCAGCUGAAGAAGAAGAAGAAGCAGCAGCUGAAGAAGAAGCAGCAGCUGAAGAGGAAGCAGCAGCUGAAGAAGAAACUUCAACAGAAGAAGUUAUUGCAGAAGAGCAAACUGAAGAAGAGCAAACUCACGCAGAAGAAGUUGCUGAGGAAUCAAACGAGCAAACAGAAGAAAUUGUCGAGGAACAAACUCAAGAAGAGCAGCAACAUGCUGAAGAAGUUGAAGAAUCUGAAACUUCUGAGGAACACAUUGAAGAAGUCGCUGAAGAGCAAACCCCUGAAGAGCAACAAGAAGCUGAGCAAAACGCUGAAGAAGUUGCCGAACAAGAAGCUGAAGAAGAAGAAACCAUUGACAAUAUCAAUGAACAAUUAACACCUGAAGAACAAGCUGAAGCAGAAGCUAAUGAAGCAGCUGAAGAGGAAGCAGCUGAAGAAGAAGCAGCUGAAGAAGAAGCAGCUGAAGAGCAAGCAGAGGAAACUACCCAUUCUGAAGAAGAAACCACAACUGGUGGAGAACAACAAGCAGAAGAAGAGCAACAGCAACAGCCAGCUGAAGAAGAAGAAGAAGAACAACAACAACAGCAGCAACAAGGAGGGUCUACCUCAACCGAUGUUAAUAUUCAAACCGAUGGUAGCUACACCGUUGUAACAUCAGGAUCAGGAUCAUCUGGGGAUUGUGACGGGUGCGAUGUCGAUGUUACCGUUGAAAUCAAUGGAGAAGAAGUCGCAACACUUUGCAACGAUGAAUCAUGUGACACAGAAGCUGUUAUCAUUAUCGAAUGCGAAUCUGAUUGUGAUAUUCAAUAA